AUGGUCCUUAUCAAGGAAGCCUCCGGACACAAGCUAAGAAGCAUCAUAAGAAGAAGAGACGAAUAUGCGCAAGCGCAAGAGCCCACAACACAAGCAGAUGAGAUUCCAAUUCGUCUGGGGCCACUCACACCCCCACUGCCAGAAGAUCCAGAACUGCCCGGGCAAAACAGGCGAUGGUCUUUCUCGAAGCCACGCAACCGGCAACCAAUAUCUCUUCAAACUAAAUCUCCUCUAUUCAAAACCCUUCCAGCCGAAGUCAGACUCAUCAUCUGGGGGCACUACCUCUGUAUCCGCAAGCUACAUAUCAUGAGGAUGAAAUGGCGGCAAGGAAGGGAAGCCCGCUCACGAAUCGUAGGGGUUCAGUGCCAUGAGCAGCCCGGAAUAUGUUCGUGUAGUCAUCGCUGCUGGGGACAGUUGGCUCGUCGACCUGCUGGGGGAUGUGUUGGUACAGGCAAGGGUGUUGAAGCAUACGGGUAUGAGGAUGAAGAGUGGAAGUUCGAUGCGAGAGUUGACUUUGUGGCUCUUUUGCGGAGUUGUCGAUUGAUAUAUACUGAGACGAUCGAUAUGAUCUACCGGCAUAAUACCUUCCUAUUCAACCAUGCAGAUACGAUAAUUGAUCUGCCGGGAAUUAUACUACCACAGCGUUUGAGCUUGAUUCGGACUGCUCAGCUUGGAUUCGCUGAUCCUGGUGGGAGGAUGUGGGACAGUUGCUGUUGGGUCCUUGGUAAUAAACUGCCGGCACUGGAGACGUUGACUAUUCAUUUGUUUCCUCAUGUCGUAGGUGAUAUGGAUGAUCUGCUCAUACCACUGCAUCAGGUUAGGCAACCUAGGAAAUUUGAGGUCUGUCUUAUCAAACCGUGGUAUAUGAAGAAGGGCUGGGAGGCAUCAGCGAGCCUUGUCGAUGCUCCUUUUCAAUUUGAACUGAUUGAUAAUGAAAAUCGCCCUACGGGUAGCUUCUUAGUUGAAUAG